AUGGCAGCAGUCACUGCUUUCUUCGAGAGAACUGAUCUCCAUAAAACGGCGAAGCCGUACUCUUGGGAUGGCCCUGACGGGCAGUCAUUUCCCAAGUCGAAUUUCGUCAUGAAGGAUAUGGAACUUAAUCUGACCGAUAUACGAACGCUGCCAGAUUUCAAGCCCACGAUUGAGGAGAACGGCUUCUGUUUCCUCGAGAAUAAGUCCAAAAAGCUCUCGAAAAUGACUGGAGCGGAUGACUGCAAGCCUUACUUGGAAGAGAUGGCUCAAUUUUUGAAAUCUCGAUUUGGUACGGAUGAGAUUUUCCCCAUCAAUGCCAAUUUUCGAGAUGCACGUUCGCAAGGAGGCCGCACAGGACACCUUCCUUUCGCCCACUUGGAUAAUACCGUGGCCAGUUCUUGGAGCAGAAUAUCGCUGUUCUUGACUGAGGAUGAACGGCAACGCGUUCUCUCAGGCCAAAGCCGGGCGAGAAUUAUCAAUAUUUGGCGCCCGAUGUUCAAUCAUGCCGAGGACAUUCCCUUCGCCGUGUGCGAUCCAAGGACUAACAUUGACCUCGCCGAUGUUGUCUCAGUUGACCGCAUCACCCACGAAGCAGCCAAGGAAGUUGCCUACUUUUCUUGGAAUCCUGCCCACAGAUGGUACUGGAUGAGCAACCAGACCCCUGACGAGAUUGUUAUCAUGACACAGUACGACACCCACCCGCCAGGUGGCUUUUUCAACAUUGUACCCCAUGCUGCAUUUCGAAAUGGAGCGGCUCGGCCCGGCUGCCCAACGCGGUACAGUGUCGAGGCACGCUUCAUUGUACUGGAGCCCGCGCCGUAUCAGAAGGAUGGGCCUGGUCCUAACGGUCCGUUCCCAGAAGAAGGCCGACUUCAGCCGUGGAAGGAGUGGGUUACACCGCCUGAGCCGAAGACUGUCCCGGCUCCCACCGCUGAUGCAAGGCCAAUGUACUUCUAA